AUGGAGGUAUUGCAGUGUGAUGGCUGUGACUUCCGUGCCGAGUCAUAUGACGACUUAAAAACCCACAUUCAGGAAGUGCACACUGCUUUCCUGCAGCCUGCAGAUGCAGAUGAGUCUGACUCCCUGAAAGACGAGGAUGAAGACGAGGAAGAAGAGGAGGAAUUGCAGGAUAAGGAUGAGAGGGAUUAUACACCUUCUAAAGCUGGCACGAGCCCCAACUCUGCUGACAGUUUGAAUCAAACACCACAGAAGCAGACAGCUGAAACCCAUCUGUCGUUUUAUCAGUGCAAGCACUGUGUCCGUUACUUCAGAUCAAAAUCGUUCUUAAGAAAUCACACCAAAAAAGUGCAUAAUCUUGUAGAGGACGAUUCAGAUGUGAGCGUCUCCUCACAGUCAGCAAAGCCGCCUAGCUACAACCAUUCAAAAGUGUAUUCCUGUCAGUAUUGCUCGUACAAGUCUCCGCGCAGAGCAAGGACAAUGAAACACCAACUCAUGUAUCACAGGAAAGUACCCUCAGAGAGCGCUGGAGAUCCCUCAGAAUACGCCGAGGCUCCAGAGGAAUCUGACACAGCUAGUGCACUCGUGAAGGGAACGUUUGCCUGUGAGUGGUGUGACUAUCAAACAGACCAGAAGGCCAGCUGGACUAGUCAUGUGGUGAAGGAGCACAGCGACAAGGUCAAGAUAGUUUCCUGCACUGGAGAGCCGGAAGGGGAGGCCAGUGGAAGUUCAUCAAAACCAGAUUCUCCCUCCUCUUCUUCCCAUAGCCCAGCUAGAACAAAGAUCAGUUUAGCUGAUGUUCAUGGAAAGGAGGAAGAGGAGACAGAAGGAAAAAUGCCAGAGCACACACUGGAAAAGUCAGUCCCAGAGAUCUCAUCCUUCCAGCUUGCACAGAUUAGUGCUGUAACACCAAACAGCACAGGUACAUCUAUUUUAUCCAAGAGGUUUGCUUCAUCCGAUGUCUCAAACAGCGUCGUAGAGAUGGAUGCCAACUUACUCAUUGAGGAAGACUCCAGGAGCAGCUUAGAGGAUGAUGAUGACGAAGAGUUGGGUGAUAUAGAUGAUCCCAGCUACACUGGAACCCUGUCAGCAGACGCAAAGCAGCUUUUAACGGACGAGGAUAACAAAUUACUGGAGACGAAAGGAAUACCUUUCAGAAAGUACAUGAACCGCUUUCAGUGCCCCUUCUGCUCCUUCCUGACCAUGCACCGGCGCAGCAUCUCCCGCCACAUUGAAAACAUUCACCUCUCUGGCAAAACCACAGUAUAUAAAUGUGAUGAAUGCCCGUUCAUUUGCACCAGCCCUCUAAAACUCGGCACACACAAGCAGAGCCACAAUUCCUCAGAUUUAGAGACCAUGGACCUGACAAACGAUAGCCCAGAACCUCAGAAUGGCAGUGAAGGGUCAUUAAAUGGAGGCAAUGUUAGCUCAAAAGUCAAUGGAAAAAAGAUAACCAGCACACCAAACGACCAGCAGAACCCUCAUCGCUGCACGCUCUGCAGCUUUUCCACUACCACUCUGAAAGGCCUGAGGGUUCACCAGCAGCAUAAGCAUUCCUACUGUGAUGACCUAGAUCCCUCUGCCUUUGAAAGCCAGCUGACUGACCAGCCAGACACUGAAGUGGAUGCUUCUCCUAUCUUUCUGCAAAAAACCCAGACCUCCAUUUUAGGACUUGCAACCAAAAAGCCCCUAGUAACAGGGAAAAGAGCCAGGAAGUCCAUUAACGACUUGCCUUUGGACUUAUCCUCAGUCAAGAAGAGAACCAGAAUUGAUGAAAUUGCCAGUAACCUUCAAAGCAAGAUAAGCCAAAGCCAACAGGACAUGAUCAUAAAUCUGGAUGACAUGGAUGAUGAAGAAACCGGAGAAAAUCACACCGGUGUUGAUGAAGAGGGCCGAAAUCAUGGCGUCAAAACCCCAGUUUUUGCCUUCAACACACAACAGCUUAAUGCAAGAGAAUCGAUGAUCUCUCACGAAAGAGUCAGGAUAGGCAAAAGAAAAAGCAACCCCAAGUCGAAACCUAGAAAUAUUCCAAUAUCAAUGACUCUCUCAGAUGAUAGUGAGAACAUCUCUGCUGAUCCCAGCGACAGCACAGUGCAAGAGAACGCUGAAUUUUCAGAGGAAACCGGAAUUGCACGUUUUUACUGCAAACACUGUGAUUACCACAACAAGUCCGCUCGUAGCGUCAGCACUCAUUACCAGAGGAUGCACCCGUAUAUCAAGUUCAGCUUUAAGUACAUCUUGGACCCAGAAGACCAGAGCGCGGUCUUCCGCUGCUUAGAGUGCUACAUAGAAUACACAAAUUACAACGAUCUGCACCAACACUACAUGGAACAUCACCCGGAGGCCAGCAAUGUGCUCAACUUUAACCAACCACAUCUGUUAUACUUGUGCCGCUUUUGUUCGUAUACAAGCCCAAAUGUCAGGAGCCUGAUGCCCCACUACCAAAGAAUGCACCCCACAGUGAAAAUCAACAACGCCAUGAUCUUCUCUAGCUAUAUGGUGGAGCAGCCACACAAAACGAGUGAAUCGCAAACUCUGAGGGAAAUAUUGAACUCUGGCCCCAAGACGUUCAACUCAGCCACUUCAACGCCCAGGUCCUCCUCCAGCCCGGUGCCGAAAACUGUUUCCAAGACACCUGAAACUAGCACAGAAGCUGACCCCCUUAAAGAAGCAAUGAGUGGUAAUGUUGUUGUGUACGAUUGUGACGUGUGUUCCUUUGCUAGCCCCAACAUGCACUCUGUUUUGGUCCACUAUCAGAAGAAACACCCGGAGCAGAAGGCAUCGUAUUUCCGUAUACAGAAAACUAUGAAGGUCGUGUCAGUCGAUCAGUCACAACCUGCAGCCAACUCAUCGUUUAACCUCAGCAUGUCCACAUCUCAAAAACAGUCCAGCGCAGCACUAUAUGGGUCAGAUGAAGAAAUGUUCUACUGUAAACAUUGUGUGUACAGCAACAAAUCUGUUGUUGGUGUGUUAGUCCAUUAUCAAAAAAGACACCCGGAAGUGAAGGUGACGUCAAAAUAUAUCAAACAUGGCCCUCCCACUCCUGCUUUGAUGAAAUUAAUGGAUGAAUUACAAAUAGCGACUCCCAAACAAUUUUUGAAGCAGUUUCAAAAUAACGGUCACGAUGGAUCCAACAAUUCAAGCCCUAAACCUGGAAGUUGUGAUAAAGGUGAGGAUGAGCUGUUCUUUUGUCAGCACUGUGAUUAUGGCAACCGCACAGUGAAAGGAGUACUUAUUCAUUACCAGAAGAAGCACAAAGAAACCAAGGCCAAUGCUGACCUUGUACGUCGCCACACUGCAGUUGUCCGGAGUGAGCGUGAGCGUGCACAGAUGGUUCAGUCAGGCAGUGUCUCUACUGCUGCCAUUCCAGCACCUCCUGACCCUGAAACUACUACAACCCUGCGAUCCCUCAAGUGCAGACACUGUACCUACACAUCCCCCUACGUAUAUGCCCUGAAGAAGCAUCUGAAGAGGGAGCACCCCACUGUGAAAGCCACGGCCAUGACAAUUUUACACUGGGCUUACCAAGAUGGCAUCCUGGAGGCUGGCUAUCACUGUGAAUGGUGCAUUUACUCCCAUGCUGAACCCCAGGGCCUGCUGCUCCAUUACCAAAGACGCCAUCCUGAGCACAAUGUUGAUUACACGUACAUGGCCAGCAAGCUAUGGGCCGGGCCAGAAACCUCCCAGCAACCAGGGGGCAAUAUGGAAACUAAACAUUACAAAUGCAGAGACUGUGCCUUUGAGGCCUGUACAAUAUGGGAUAUCACCAGUCACUACCAGGCGGUCCAUCCCUGGGCCGUCAAAGGGGAUGAAUCUGUGCUCUUGGAUAUCAUCAAAGGGGAUGACUCAGCUGAAAAGAUCCACCUGCAGGUUGCCGAAGAACACGCGUCUUUCAUUUGUGAGUCUGUAGAGGAUGAUGGAGCGCUGGCCAUUGCCACACAACAUCAAGAAAGCAGUCCCCAUCCUCCCCACCCACGUCUUAACAUCUCAAACAAUACUUAUCAGUGUACUGUAUGUCUGUCAGAGUACAACAGUCUCCAUGGCCUCCUCACUCAUUAUGGAAAGAAGCACCCAGGCAUGAAAGUAAAAGCUGCCGAUUUUGCACAGGAGGCUGACAUCAACCCUAGUUCUGUGUAUAAAUGUCGCCACUGUCCUUAUGUGAACUCUCGCAUCCAUGGUGUCCUAACUCACUAUCAGAAAAGACACCCUUUAGUGAAAGUCACUGCAGAAGAUUUUGCAGAUGACAUAGAGCAACUAACGGACGGAACUGAAGGAGAGGACAAGUGCAAAACCCAAAGGCAGGGCUACGGCGCGUACAGAUGCAAAAUGUGUCCGUACACGCACGGUACACUGGAGAAACUUAAAAUUCAUUACGAGAAGUAUCACAAUCAGUCGGCCUCUAAUAUGUUCACGCCGUCGCUGACACACUUCUCUUCUGGUAAGGACACAGAGCCAGUAGCAGAAUGCAGCGCUAGUAAUAUAUCAAGUUCUGCAAAAGUCCAGGAGGUCAGUGAAUUGGACCUUGCCCUCUCCCAGUUACCCAUCAACAAGACAGAAAAACAUGCUAUAUUCAAGUGUCAGCUCUGCAAAUACUUCUGCUCCACCAGGAAAGGCAUUGCUCGACACUACCGAAUCAAACACAACAACGUCCGCGCUCAGCCAGAGGGUAAAAACAAUGUCUUCAAAUGUGCUCUAUGUGCAUACACAAAUCCUAUACGCAAAGGCCUGGCAGCACACUAUCAGAAGCGCCAUGACAUUGAUGCUUAUUACACCCAUUGUCUGGCUGCGUCCAAGACCUUAAGUGAAAGCCCUAGCAAAGUGAUUGCACCCCCAGUAGCAGAGCCAGAGAAUUCAGAAAUGAGUGAAGACCUGCGUUUGGCUGUGGAGAGUCGACGGUGUUCUCUUUGUGCCUUCCAGGCCGUCAGCAGGAAGAGCAUUGUCUCACAUUACAUCAAACGCCAUCCAGGUGUCUUCCCCAAGAAGCAGCAUGCUAGCAAGCUUGGUCGCUACUUCACCGUUAUCUAUGCCAAAGAACCGGAGAAGAUUCCUGACAUUGCAGUGGAAGAGGAAUACAAGGAGGUGCUGGACGUUCCGCUGGAGCCAGAGCAGGACGAAGACGCUGAAUGGCUGCCAUUCAAGUGUCUAACAUGUUUCCGGCUGUCCUUCAGCACGGGCCAGCUGCUCUCUAUGCACUACAACGACCACCACAGCACAGACCUUAAGAGGGACUUUAUGAUGUCACCGGGCCCUGGGGACGAGGACUCUGAGUUGUACCAAUGUUCUCACUGCGAGCUGAAGUUCCUGGCUCUCCCGGCCCUGGCCAGACAUCUGCUGGAUCACAACGAGGACUUUCAUAAGAGGGCCAUGAGGAUGGAGAGGAGGAAGCAGCUUGUCUGCAAACAGAAGAGCACAGAUCUACCUGACACCAAACCUGAGAAGGAGAGUCCUGUAAAUAAAGCCCCUGUAGGAUUCAGGUGUAACUUCUGCGUUGAAGUGCACUCCACCCUCCGAGCCAUCUGCAACCACCUUAGGAAGCACGUGCAGUAUGGAGAGGUCAAAGAAGGACACUUCAAGCAGGAGGUCGCUGACGUCCCCCUGACCCUGCCCACAGAGAGCCUAACUAAUGGCGACCUGGAGGCCGAUGAAGCCGCUGAAGCGGACGACCUCGAGAGACCCGAGGCUGCGACGAUGAGCCCAUCUUUGAUUUCCGCUGCCUGUGGUGGUGUUGCUGCUACCACGGAGAUGGUUGAUCCGGAAACAGAUGCCGUUGAAGGAAGCGAGGCGGCAGCCCUCGCUGCCGUGGUGACUGAGGACCAACUGAAGCAGCAGUUGACAGCGGGGGUGGGUCACCCGUGUUCCCAGUGCGACCGAGUCUUCAUGUCCAUGCAGGGACUGAGGUCCCACGAGAGGAGCCACUCAGCCAUGGCAAUGUUCAGCAGAGAGGACAAAUACACCUGCCAGUACUGCCAGUUCGUCUCCCCCUUCAGGCACAAUCUGGACAGACAUGUGCAGUCUCACCACGGCCACCACAAGCCCUUCAAGUGCAAACUCUGCCCCUUUAAAUCUGCCUACGUGAGUCGCUUGAAGAGCCACCUGCAUAAGGCACACACAGGCGAGCAGCACACAUACAAAUGCCUGUCGUGCCCCUUCUCCUCCAUGACCAUCAGCCAACUGAAGGAGCACUCUCUGAGAGACCACGGCGAGGCCCUGACCCUCCCCAAACUGAGGGCUGCUACCCAGGCUGCUCAUGCCGCCCUCAGGGCCUCCCGGCUGGCCAGUUCCACAGAGCAGACUCCGCUGGCCUCAGAUGAUCCGUCCUACCUGGAGACGGCCGAUGUUCGUCAGCAGCUGAGUCAUUACCAGUUGGCCUCUCGCAGUCUCAUGUCCUCUGGCUCAACCCCUGGCGGCUCGACGUUUGCCGACAAUCGACCAGAGGCCAUCCUCACUUGUGAGUUCUGCGAGUUCAGCUCCGGAUACAUGCAGAGCCUUCGCCGGCACUACAGGGACCGUCACGGCGGCAAGAAGCUCUUCAAGUGCAAAGACUGUUCCUUCUUCACCUGCUACAAGAAUAACUUCACAAUGCACGUGGAGUCUGGACACAACAACAUCGUACCUGAAGAGAUCCCCAAAGACCUGCGCUGCCCUCUCUGCCUCUACCACACCAAACACAAGAGCAAUAUGAUCGACCACAUCGUCCUGCACAGAGAGGAGCGCGUGGCUCCGCUGGAGGUCAGCCGCUCCAAGCUGUCGCGCCACCUCCAGGGCCUGGUGUUCCGCUGCCACAAAUGCACCUUCACAUGCUCCAGUGACCAGGCCCUGCAGCUGCACCUGCAGAAGCACGCUGAGAUCAAGCCUUACCAGUGCCAGCUCUGCUAUUAUGACAGCAGUCGCCGGAGUCUGCUGGAGGAGCAUCUCCGCCUCGAGCACAAGGUUAUCCGCAACUUUGAGCUGAUGGGCCGCGUCAACCUGGACCAGCUGGAGAUGAUGAAGGAACAAGGGAGCAGCGCGGAGGAGGACGAGGAGAGAGAUAUGAUGCAGAUGGUCGUAGACGGACACUUGGCUGCAGAGGAGGAGUACGAGCUUUAUGAUGACGAAGGAUUGGAAAUUAUGGAAAACUUUAUGGAUGAGCAGAGAGUGAUGGAUGAUGACGAGAUGGAGGACAACAUCAAAGAGGAAGAGGAGGAGAAGGAAGAAGAGGACAUUAAGGGGGUGGAGGAAGAAAGGACUGGCCUACAAGACGUCCUUGCCUCUCCCUCCAGCAGCAGCAGCAGCAGCUGUGGGCCGAGCGGUGUCGAGAAGCGUCUUCCCUGUGAGUUCUGUGGCCGUUGUUUCACCGACAGCCUCGAGUGGGAACGACACGUCCUUCGACACGGCAUGACGGUUAACAGUCAGAUGGACACCAGCGCCACCUCAGCAAUAGAGGCCUCCGCUUCAUCUUCCACUGGCUCUUCUGUCCUGAUGGACACAGGACUGGACCUUUCCGGCAACAGAACAGAGGAAGGAAACCCUGGUGAUCUAUCACUGAGAAGUCAAAGCCUGUUUAUGGAAGACAAUGAAAUGCUUGACACCAAAAAGGAUCAACAGUUUGCUUGAACAGAUUGUGGCCUCUUGGGAUAUUGUUCUAGAAAAUGAAAACGUUGGGGAGGACCAACACUGAGGAAACAAAAAAAGAUUGAAAUGGAAAAAAAAAGUGACUUCUUAUGAGUUGGAGCAUUAUUAGAUCUUAGACGUUGCAUAUAUACGUAUUAGGUUGUGCUGCAUUAAAAUGACUGAGCUCUUUAAGUGAGCGGUCCCCUAGGACAGAUCUUAAUAUAUUGGUAACCAAUAGUGAACAGAACUCUUUAUUGCUGACAUUCUGGUCAAAUCUACAGUGAACGAUCCCACCUAGAUAAAAAAUCAAGCUAUUUAUAAAUAACUUUGUCAAAAAUGAUAAAACUAAAUUUAAGCAUUUUAUUAUUGAAAGCACCUUUUACACUCCCCCUGCCCAUCCAAAACGGGGUUACUGUAAAAUUGACCUAGAAAAAACGAACAAGACGAUGAAAGCAUUUACAGCCGUGGCCCCACUGUCUUUGUUUCUUGUUGAAAAUGUUAAACUUAUUUCAUCUUAGCCUUGUGUUAAAUGUGUAGAAGUAUUCCUUGAGGAAGAGUCGCACCUUAUCUAUUUUAGCAAAAUGCUUUAUUCAUUCGUAAAAUUAUCGACACUUUCCCCUGAUGUUUGUAGCAAAUUGCUAUAUUUUCGGUCCCUUAAUAUUAUACUGCGUAUAAGCCUUCAGCCUGUGGCACCUUUAGUAUGUUUUUGUCUCGUAAUUUCACUUAAAACGAAAU